GAGCUCCCUAGGAUACAGGAGCACUUACAGAUCACUCCGCGGGUGGCAUCCUUGGGCAAUUCAAUGUUCUUUCUCGGCCUUUUCAUUCCUACUCUGUUCUUUUGGCCGCUGCCCUUACUACACGGACGGAAACCUUAUCUUUUGCUCUCGAUUGCGUUUAUGCUUCCAUUGCAGCUUCCGCAGGCGUUAUCGCUACCGCCGCAUACCGUCCAACCAAGCGUUUCGUUUACAAUGCAACCCUAUGUUGUCUGCCUGCUUUUCUUUCGUAGUUUCUCUGGGAUAGUGCUUGGAUUUGCGUUCAUGAAUUCCCUGGCGACGAUCCUCGACUUGUUUGGCCCUGACACUGGAGCCUGCUGUCGCGGCGGCGUAGUCUACAACAGUCCCGUCCCCAUAGAAGGUCAAAACGUGUAUAACAAUAUUCCCGGGGGCGAUGCCGGUGUGAGGACGGGGGCGUGGAUUGGUAUCUUCACUUGGCUAUUUGUCGCAUCUCCAGCUGUUGGGUAUCUAUUCGGAAAGAUAACAGUUGACGCCACGGAUCCUGCUUGGGGAUUCUGGACAGUCAUGAUUCUUGCCGGCUUCGUUCUGGUCUUGGUCGUUGUAGCGCCGGAAGUUCGACCACCGUGGAAAAUGACCCACAAACCAGAACAUCGGUCCGCCGCUAAGGGAGCUACAGAAAGAGGAGAACUCAAGCUGGUCAUGUUUGGAACUUCGCCGGAAUACUGGUGGGAGGAGGUCUGGGCUGGCAUGGUAUUGACUUGGAAGAUGCUCCAUCAAAAGGGCUUCUUGAUCAUCGCAGUGUACUUUGGAUGGGUCUUUGGCUAUCUCAUGCUGGUUAUGAUGCUCCUGUCGUCGCUUAUUACCACAACCUACGGAUUCGCCACUACUGACAUUGGCCUUGCGGUUUUUGCGCUUGCCGCGGGAGCCCUACUUGUUAUUCCAACUCAACUCUGCAAGCUGUAUCGUUCCAAUUUCCGACAUCGUUCGAGUGUAGCGAUACACAACAAUAAUUACGGUCAUAAAGAUGUUGGACAACAUCCUUUCCGAGCCGUACUCUGGACCGGUGCUAUUCUGCUACCAAUGGCGAGUAUCGCCUUAACCAUUUCGGCCGCGGGGCCCCCGGUUCACUUCAUGGCCCCUGUAUUCUUUACAGCGGUUGUCUCAUUUUCCGGUGCCAUGGUCAUCGCAGAGUGUUACAACAUGAUGAUGGACAAUUUCGACAUAUCCGAUCUUCCAGAACCCGCUCUUACACCGGGGUCUGGGUCGCUAUCGAACUCGACGACACAUCAGCACCGAACACAACUACCGGCCAGCCUCCACCGAUAUGACGAGAGCUUUACAACGUCGCAUCCCUGUCUCAGCUCCGGUCUGGCAAUUUUCCACGGGAUUGCAUUUUUGUUUGCCGCAAUGGCGGUUGGGGUUAGCGCUAGUUUGGAGGACGCCGGUUUGGUACGUACCGGGUUAGCUGUCUACACGGCGUUGACUUGUGGCAUGACGGUGGCAUUGGUUUUUGCACUUAGGAGAAACACAACGGCGAGAUCGGCAGAAGUGUUCAGUAACGGCGGUAGGCGAGGGAGAGAUGCGAGGGUUAGUCUUUUGCAACAGUCGUGGGGAACGAGGUGGACUGAGGUCAAUGGGAUGGAAUGGUGGGAGGACGCGGACCAACAGGCGGUUUAGCGUUGAAAUGGGGGUUUGUUUUUCGUUUUCUGCUGCCAACCUUUGCUGCCAGCCUUUUGAUAGAGGAGUGAUUGGAUAAUGGAGUCAGGCGUUUGGAGUCAGGCGUUGAGUGCAGAAAAGGCGGUGACAGCAGUGACUCGGGGUGACUGAAGGGUUAGG